GAAGACGAAGAAGAAAAAAGACGAAGAAGAAGAAUUAAGCGGAAGAAGCAAAAGAAGAAGCAUGGCUGUUGACAUGAGAUUACCAGUUAUUCGCAAACUAGUGUCUCUAUCGGUUUCUGCUUCCGACCGAAAAGAUUUGGUGGUCCCCGGCGAUGUUAUCACUUCGGACACUGGUUUCAUGAGGGGUCAUGGUACCUAUGUUGAUGAAGACAAGCUGACUGCUUCAGUCGCUGGAGAGGUGCAGAGAGUAGAUAAGCUAAUCUGUGUCAGACCACUUAAGACCAGGUUCAACGGUGAGGUCGGAGACGUGGUGGUUGGCCGAAUCACAGAGGUACAACAGAAACGAUGGAAGGUUGAGACCAACUCCCGGCUGGACUCUGUCCUCUUGUUGUCCUCUGUCAAUCUUCCUGGAGGAGAGCUAAGGAGACGGUCAGCAGAGGAUGAGCUCACCAUGAGAGAGUACCUUCAAGAGGGCGAUCUCAUUAGUGCAGAGGUGCAGUCUGUCUUCUCAGAUGGAGCACUUUCACUUCACACACGUAGUUUAAAGUACGGAAAAUUGGGUCAAGGAGUGCUGGUACAGCUUUCUCCUUCUCUCAUCAAGAGGCAGAAAACACAUUUCCACAAUCUGCCAUGUGGCGCAUCCAUUAUCCUUGGGAAUAACGGCUUUGUCUGGCUGUAUCCCACACCGGAACAACAGGAGGAGGAGGCUGGGGGCUUCUACACCAGCCUGGAGCCUGUCAGUUUGUCAGAUCGAGAGGUGAUUUCACGGUUAAGAAACUGCCUACUGGCUUUGGCUGCGCACAAGGUCCUUUUGUAUGACACCAGUGUUCUCUAUUGCUACGAAUCCUCAGUUCAACACCAGGUCAAGGACAUCUUGAAACCAGAAGUGAUGGAAGAGAUUGUAAUGUUGACACAACAGAAGCUGCUGGAACAAGAAGGUUAAAGAUCACAAAUCCUAACUAUGACCUUGUCACAAAUCAAAGAUCACAUCAAGCACCUAUGCCAUGGACUGACCACCUAUCUGACCACCACCUGAACAGCUCUAAACGUAUUUUAUCUAACAUAAAUGCUGAUAAUUGCUGAUUAAUGACUUCUAAUAGAAAGGACGGAGAACUUUUUAAGUUCUGCAUCAUUCAAAAAUCACUAGUGCAGCUUUACAGAUGUAUAUUGAAACACUUUUUAACAAAACAUGUUGUAUACAAUAAAUUUUCUGUAAUUUUCA